CCAUGUUUCCUGGCGGCACAGUAAACUAAACUGAGUUAUAUGGGAACGUUUUAGCAUAAACGUAUAAUGUUAGUUGAUUUAGCUUUAUCUGAAUUACAUGUGUUGGCGAUUUAAGAUUAAUGGCCCAAGCAGGUGAUUUUGACGAUGACAGUUGUUAGUGCGUUUGAUUCAAGUUAUUUGAAUGUAUGUGGGGUGCGUGUGGUGUUGUUAGAGGGAUAAGGGCUGUAUUCCAUUAAGCCUUAACUAACAGCUGAAUAACGGGACUCGAUUUAUAAAUCUUUUAAACGUUUCAGAGUAUUUUGCAACAGUUCCAUUGUGAUCAUCAGCAGAACAAGCAGAAACAGAAAUUGGUUUGGCAACCGUUUUGACUAGAGAAGUGCAUAAUAAUAGAUGGACCUAUGAAAAGGUAAACAGGCCAAGAUGAAGAAGUGCGUUUGGUUCAUUGGAAGUGAACUCAGGAAACAGCGCUUUCUGCUGGCCAUGGCAGGUGCUGCACACGGGCCCAGACAGCGUGCACCAACACAUCGUUAUUAUCAGCACUGGAACUGGCGAGGGACUCCAAAUGAACCUGCCGGUUUAUACACACAACAGCUGACAAGAAGACACUGCCGUCAUUUCUCCAAGGAACUGUUACAGCAACAAUCUGUUCAAAGAUAUUUAGAGAAAAUGAUUGAAGAAUACCGACAGAUUACACAGAGACUGAAUGACACGGCGCUAACUGAAAGUGAUCGCAGGAUCAUGAGCAGACGGCAGAUCCAACUGUCACCCAUGGCAACAAUAUUUCAGGAAUCGCAGCGUGCGGUGAAAAACCUGCAGGAUGUGCAGGCAAUUAUUGAAAGUGCAGAGGCAGGAGAAGACACACAGAUGUUGGAGCUUGCUAAAGAAGAACAGAAGGGCAUCAGAAAACUCAUUGAAACACUGCAAACAAAGCUGCUUCAGAGUCUGGUGCCUAGUGACAAGCAUGAUGCUAGCGAUGUCAUUGUGGAGGUGGCUGCUGGGAGAACAACAGGAGGUGACAUAUGCCAGCAGUUUACAAGAGAAAUCUUUGAAAUGUAUCAGAAUUUUGCAAGCUACAAGCAAUGGGCUUUUGAAGUUCUCAACUAUACUCCUGCUGAGUAUGGGGGGUUGCAUCAUGCAGCUGCCCGCAUUGCUGGUGAAAGCGUCUACAGGCAUUUCAAAUAUGAAGGAGGAAUGCACAGGGUUCAGAGGAUUCCUGAGGUCGGCCUCUCAUCCAGAAUGCAGCGUAUUCACACCGGGACUAUGAUGGUUAUUGUAUUGCCACAGCCAGAUGAGGUAGAUGUUAUUAUAGAGCCCAAAGAUCUGAGGAUUGAUACGUUCAGAUCAAAGGGAGCAGGUGGUCAAAGUGUUAACACAACAGACAGCGCCGUUCGACUGGUUCAUAUUCCCACAGGAAUAACAGUUGAGUGUCAGCAGGAACGCUCACAGCUGCAAAACAGGGAAACUGCAGUGAGGAUGCUGAGAGCGAGAAUUUACCAGCAGCUCAUAGAAAAGGAGACGGAGCAAAGGCAAAGUGCCCGGAAACUUCAGGUAGGAACGCGGUCCCAGUCGGAAAGAAUUCGAACCUAUAACUUCACUCAGGACAGAGUGACUGAUCACAGGAUUUCAUAUGUUACUCGAGAUAUCAAGGAGUUUAUGAGUGGUGGAGAACUGCUGGAGGAGUUGAUCAGUGAGCUGCUGAAGUCAGCAGAAACAGAGGCUCUUCUUGAACUGGUAGAAAACAGCAGAAACGGAGAAAGCUACCAGGGAAUGUGACAUCCAACUGUCGGUGCCUUCUGACACCACUAGGCAACUACUGUACCAGUGUAUCUACAACCAGACAGUGCGAAUACAGCGACCCCCCCCCUUUAUAAGGCAGCCCUUUAUAAUGUGGGAUCAGUUAUAAUGCACCAUUUGCCCUCUAAUGCCAUUCCACUAGCAAUUCCAUACUAGUUAUAAGAAGGAACACAAAUAGCAUGGUCUUGUAACUGUGACUCCAGGGUAUAGCUGUAUAAAGAGGAUGCACUGCUGUAUUCACAGUUAUCAUCACUGCCAUCAUGGGUUAAACUGUUCACAGUAAAUAUUAAAACACACUGUUAAUCUGGGGUUGUGGUUACAACAGACAUAUACCGGUUGGACACUAUUUUAUUUUUUUAACAACUGCCGUACAAGUGUCAAUAAGGGCCACCGUGGGAAGCCUGGACAGAUCAAACAUGGUAUUGUGUGAUACCUCGGGUGAAAAUCAACAGAAAGCCUCUUGCUUGUGAGACUUGUCGAGGAUGUUUCCGUUUGGUUUUACUCUACCCCUGUGUAAACAUGGUGUGCGCAUGCCCAGGUUUAGACAGCACAUUUGGAGCAUAGCUGCAGGCUCUUGUUUCUCAGAGAACUGUUGACAAACAUCACUUCCUUUUAUUUGAAACUAUAGUUGUGUUUCUGAAAGGAGAAUACACCCUCAAAUCGCAUACCUAAUCAAACUGUGCCUUUAAAUAGCCCUCAGGUGUGAGCCCCCUUGUCGUUUCUUUAUUUGGUCCUCCUCCUCCCCUGCUUCCACCUUGCAGUGUGCCUUGUCCUGGCGGAAGGUAGCCCAGAGUGCCACUUGUCCUGCCCGCUGGCAUGAGCUGUCAUCAAUCAAUAGUUAUUACAUCAUAGUCUAGCCAGCGUAUAGGGGCGGCUAUCGCACUUCAGUAGACAGGGCCAUGUGCCAAAGUAUAUUAUGUUUUACCAUGGGCAUGGUCAUAUGUCAAAUGAGUUAAAGAAUCGUUCAGUUCAAAUCUUUGUGGCUGUCUCCUUGCUGAAUCACACAAUAUCUCAGGACACAUAUGGUACUUUGUUGAAAUGGUGCUUUCAGAUUGUAGAUCAUGUUUCAUUUACUGUGAGAGGGUUUGAUAUUUGCCGGUCUCAUUAGAUACACAAUAAAACAAUAUCAAGAAACUUUUUUUUUUUUUUUAAAGUGAAAUUAAAA